AUGGGCAGCGUGCGAACCAACCGCUACAGCAUCGUGUCUUCGGAAGAGGACGGCAUGAAGCUGGCAACCAUGGCCGUUGCCAACGGCUUUGGGAAUGGAAAGAGUAAGGUACAUACCAGACAGCAAUGCAGGAGCCGCUUUGUCAAAAAAGAUGGCCACUGCAACGUCCAGUUUAUUAACGUGGGUGAGAAGGGACAGCGAUACUUGGCAGACAUCUUCACCACUUGCGUGGACAUCCGCUGGAGGUGGAUGCUAGUUAUCUUCUGCCUGACUUUCAUCCUCUCCUGGCUUUUUUUUGGCUGUGUGUUUUGGUUGAUUGCACUGCUGCAUGGGGAUCUGGAGAAUCAAGAAAAUAGCAAACCUUGUGUCUCUCAAGUGAGCAGCUUCACCGCAGCCUUUCUGUUCUCCAUUGAGACCCAGACCACGAUCGGCUAUGGCUUCAGGUGUGUCACAGACGAGUGCCCCAUCGCAGUUUUCAUGGUGGUUUUCCAGUCUAUAGUAGGCUGCAUCAUUGAUGCCUUCAUCAUUGGUGCUGUCAUGGCAAAGAUGGCUAAGCCAAAAAAGAGAAAUGAAACUCUAGUCUUCAGCCACAAUGCCGUGGUGGCCAUGAGAGACGGAAAACUGUGCCUGAUGUGGCGUGUCGGAAACCUGAGGAAAAGCCACUUGGUGGAGGCACAUGUGCGAGCACAGCUCCUCAAAUCCAGGAUCACGUCGGAAGGGGAGUACAUCCCCUUGGAUCAAAUAGACAUCAAUGUAGGGUUUGACAGUGGGAUAGACCGCAUAUUCCUGGUCUCCCCAAUUACGAUAGUACAUGAAAUAGAUGAAGACAGUCCUUUGUAUGACUUGAGCAAACAAGACAUGGACAAUGCUGACUUUGAAAUUGUAGUAAUAUUAGAGGGCAUGGUGGAAGCUACCGCCAUGACUACCCAGUGCCGUAGUUCAUAUCUGGCAAACGAAAUCCUCUGGGGCCACCGCUACGAGCCCGUACUCUUUGAAGAGAAAAACUACUACAAAGUGGACUACUCGAGGUUCCACAAAACAUACGAAGUGCCCAACACACCCAUCUGUAGUGCCAGAGACUUAGCAGAAAAGAAAUACAUUCUCUCUAACGCAAACUCCUUUUGCUACGAGAACGAAGUGGCCCUCACCAGCAAAGAGGAGGAUGAGAUUGACACUGGGGUGCCUGAGAGCAUGAGCACAGACACCCACCCGGACAUGGACCAUCACAACCAAGCAGGGGUGCCUCUAGAGCCACGGCCGCUACGGCGGGAGUCGGAAAUAUGACUGACAAACUCUUCCUCUCUCUUUUGGUUGAAAGGAAAAAAAAAAUAUACAUCUAUCGGUCAAAGGCACGUUGACCUGAGAAGUUGGCCCAGAACAGUUUUCAGACAACGGUACUGUUGAAGAGUGGUGUGAAGGCAAGCAGACCUGAGAAACCCAGGCUGGUUUUAGGGCUGUCCUCAGAGGAGGGACGACAGAAAAUGAACUCUAAACACAAAGCACUAAACAUGUCUAAGUAUGAACAGAAGGCACAUAUGUUGUAGAAUAAAUUAUGUAUAUAUUUUUUUACAAAACUUGAACUUGCAGGCAAGCUUUG